AUGGAGCUGUGCGGGGCGAGGCGGAGCGGAGAGCAGAGGCGAGAUGACACGGUGGGGCUGGGAGUACGACACGACAGUGGAAGAGAUGUGGCGGGGCACGGCGGAACGAGAUGCCUAGGCAGGCGCGAAGUGUUUGUCUCGGCGCCCCGCCGCUGUGAUCACGUGCCUGUGACGCGCAGAAAUGAAAUGGCCAUCAGCCGCGAUGACUUUCCUCUUGCGGAGGCGGCGGCCGAGGCGGCUGCGCGGCUCCCGGAUGCAGCCGCCGCAAAAGGCAGCGCGCCUCCGGCCGUCGUCGCAGGGGCCGGGGAAGCCCCAGAGGCGAUGGCACGGGUGGUGGCGGAUAGCAAGGGAGGACAGAGGAGAGGGUUGGGGCGGAGAAAAAGCCUGGGUGAAGGCGGAGGUGAAGCAGGGAGAAGGCUGAGGCGGUGUCGGGGGUGGGAGCAAGAGCGAAAGCACGGCCGCAAGCGUCAGCAGGCAGCAUCCGGGCGGGCGGGCGCGCCUGCAGGCCGGAAGCGCCUCGCGUGCCGCCUUGCCUGCGCGGCUGCGCGACCGGAAGGCAUUGCGGAUGAGGAAGAGGAGAAAGAGGCCAAAGAUUCAGGGGAACGACAAGGCAGGCAGUCGAGGAGAAGAAAAAGAAGAGGGAGAUGGAGGACAAGAAGAAAAGGGAAAUAUAAGACGGAGGAAGAAGAGAAUGAGGAGAAUGCAGAUGGGGGAGACGAAAGAAAAGAGGAACAAGAUGCACGAGGUGGAGAAGCAGCAGAAGAAGAAAAUGAAGGAGAAAGAAUAGAAGAGACAGCAGUAAAAGAAAGAAAAGAAGAAAAGCGGAAGAAACAAGAGUAUGAUCGAAGGUGUAGACAAAGAACAGAAUGGGGGCCGUUUGUCCCCGCGUACACGCUGCUCAUUGGCAGCAUCUUCUGUGAUGAUCCAUGGCGUUACCGUUCAGCGGAUACAUUGGUGCAGACAAGCAGUGGAUUUGCUUUCCUUACUGCAAUUAUGGAUAUUGUUUUACUCUUCGGCUUACUGGUUAAAGAAGACAAAGUCUUGAAGUACAUUCUGUGCGCUUGCAUGGCUCUGUACCUGGUGACAAUACCUCUGUGCGUGUGCAAUUUCUUUGCAUGCGCAGUCACGGGCUACUUUGACGUGCCUCUCUGGGAAAUACCCCGUUUUGGCGGGUGCCUGCUGCACCUGGGCCUCAUGUACUGCCUGCUGUCGGAGCUGCGCGGCGACCCGCUGCCGCCGCUCAGCCCGCCCGCCGCCCCGGCCGAGGGCUGGCUCAAGAACAACCUGGCGCGCACUGGGCCCCCCGCGCCCACCGCCGACGACGCCCUGCUCAAGGUGCACGUCGCCCACAGCGACAACGCAAACAACAACAACAGCAACAGCAACGCCCAGCCGCGCGGGCCCGCCGUCUUCGCCCCCAGCAGCUGCACCACGGCGCCCGCCGUGCUGCCCGCCUAUGCCGCCGCCCCCGCCGCCGGCCCGCCCAGCUCCACCGACGCCUGAGGUGGCUCUUGCUUUGGGUCCGACAGCUAGCGAGCACGCCCUGCACGGUUGCCAAUCUCUCAAGCUCUCGCCUCUCUGCAAGUGUGCUCUUUAAUUAGACACAAGUAUUUGGAAUUUUAACAAUUCUUAAUUAUCGGUCGAUCAUGCGAUUAUGUUUCAUUCAAAUCUAAGAUAAUGAGACCAUCGUCUCUCGUGUAGUAAUGGUUGCAUUGCAUUCGCAACGCGCUUCAGCGGGGCUCCGGCAACUCACACGUGAUUGGCGCGUCGCCUCCCGACGCCAUGGCAACUAAGAAAUGCCGCUCAACUGUAAAGCCAAACGUUCCAUCUUACGCAGUGUGUAUUCUGGGGAGGCCAGCAAAAUACUUUUUCCUUUAUCUUACAUCCACACAGACGUUUUAUUACUGGCAUUUAUGGGGUCAACCUUCAUUUAUUCUUUCGUAACCAUAAUGUUGAGUGUAGGAUCUUCAGAUCUUAAAAUUGAAUGUCUGUCACAAAAUUGUCUUCUUGAAAGGGAAACCUCUAACAAAUAGAAAUUCAGUCUGCCCAUUUUCUUCAGCAAAAUAUUUAAAUGUCACAGACAACAGUAUAAAUAUUUUUAAAAUAUUUGGGGCUUAUUCAUUAAUGCAACCAGCUCCGAGAAGUAGGGGACGAGGAAUGGGUAUUUUGUAUUGUUAAUGCUCCAGACACCAUCGGUGAUAGAGAAGACAUCUAAACACACUUGUGUAUCAAUGAAGGAGUUUUUUUAAUUUCAAAUUAAGUUUUUUUAGUAUUUAAAAAAUAUCGGUUGGGAGGGGUUAACUUAUAUUGUCCCCCUCUUUGAUACAUUUUCUGUAUCAACUCUUGCUUAAAAACGCCCGUUCUUAGCUUUCUUUUUGCAGCUUUUCUAGGCAUUUGCAUUCGUCAUUAAAGGACCUAAGAAAUGUACACUUGGUUUGCUAUUUUUCCGUCAACGCUUGUGUUAAAAAUUAUCUUUACUUACAAUGAUUUUGAAGGAGAGGCUUUAACUUCCACGGCAUUCUAGUAAAGACACUAAAAUUACCCUUCAAUUUAUUCUUUUAUUUCUAAGGUUUUGUAAUAAUAAUAAUAAUAAUAAUAAUAAUAAUUAAGUACAAAUGUCAUUUUUGGUAUGUACGUUUUAUUGAAGAAAAAUAAAGGAUAGUAAUCCUCAACAUUUCUUACCUUAUACCUGGAAAUAGUGCGAAUCCUGAAGUUUUGUUGGUAUUAUUCCUUUCGUGUAAUUUUACCAUAUUGCUGGCUGACACCAAAGCACGUUUUUUCAUCAAAGUUCUCUUCUCAGAAAUUUUUUUCAGUUCUGAUUGUUUCAACUAGUUCUGGAUUCACUUGAGACUUAAAUAUACCCUCGUUUGUAAAACUUCGAUAAAGAAUAUAAAAUAUUGAUUAAAGCAACAGUGAAUACAGGCUACCCAUGUGUGUGUGUAUAUAUUAGAUUAUUCCUUAUUUGCUGAUGAAAAUGAAUCCUAAAUUUCAAAAUAAAUGUAUACAGAUUUUCUGUAAUAGAUUAUGUCAUUCAAAAAUAGUGCAAACGAAUUGGGUCGUCUUGAAAGAACACAAAACGAUUUAACAUUGAAAGAAAGAAAUGGGUAUGAAACCAUCCUCUUGUGACAUCUACAACAGGAUGAACAAUGUCAUAAUUUUCACCAUGGAAUUAUUGAUAUUGAUUUCUUGAAGGUAGAUGACAUGAUAACACAUGGUAUAUUGGCAUCUGAGUUUCAGAUGCUACUGAUCUUUUUGCCCGUAAGACUUACGAAACAUUGUUUUAUUGAAGCUUGGCUUUCGUAUGCAGAAUAUCUGACUUUUUAUUGAUAUUUUUGAGAAUACAAUAUAUGUAGGAUUUUGAAUCGUGUCCAAUUCACUGCAAGGUUGGAUUUGCAUGAAAAUAAAUACGAUGCGAUUGAAUCUCACAUGUAAUAUUCCUAUUCAUCUCAAUACGAUAGAUAGAAUUCCUCUUUCAUUAUUUUAUUGUUAUUUCUUUCAGUAGAUUUUAUCUAGUAUGUUGCCUUUUCGAGGUGUGAAGAAAUGCAUUAAGAGUGUGUAUAAAAUAUAAGCUAUAUUCAAGGAUUUUAUUUAUUCUCUCUCUACAUAAAGUUCUGCCCUCUCGUAUUAAAGCAUGCAAUUGUGUGUAUACAUCGAAUGUAAUACAUGACACAAGGAAAAUGUGAGUAUACUUUUGAAUGUUAUGAAAAUAUAUAUAAAAGCUGCAUAAGUAUGCUAUUUGAAUAAAAAGCAAAAAAAACAAUUAAAAUACUUGGAUGAAAAUUUAAAAUAGUACAUUCUCAGUUGAUAACAACCUAAAGGGGAGAAAUUUAUUUUUUCAUUAUUUCAUUAUCAGGAUAUAUAGUAAAUGCCAAGAUCAUCUUCGAAGUAUUGAGAUUUAGGAAUAAUAUUAAUUAAGUGCUUUUAUAUUUCCAGUUAUAAUUUUAUAUAUUCUUUAUUCUUCAUGAAAUAAUGAAUACUGACUGUAAGCAGUACAUAAGAUGUUAUACUGCGAAUUGUGUGAAUGUCAAGUAGUAUCAGAGAAAUGUAGUUGUCCUAUUUUGUGACUUUUUAAUAAAUAAUGAAUAAAAUUGUCAAAA